CAUGGCAUCGACCACGCCAAGGACAGGGCCAUGGAAGAAACCGAGCACGCCAAGGAUAGAGUCAAAGAGGGUGUGGAGCAUGCAAAGGACAAAGUCAAGCAAGGUGUCACCCACGCCAAGGAGACCGUCGAAGCUGGAGUUGACCAUGUCAAGACGUUUGGUCAGCAAACCACCAAGGAAGUCAGGGAACGUGGCAUGGAAGGAGCCAGGGAUAUGGCCGAGGGAUAUCAGAAGGCUGGACAGGAGAUGAUCCAGGGUGGUAAGGACGCGGUCAAGGAGCGUAUGCCUUCUACCUCCGACUCUUCAUUCGAUUUUGCACGAAUGGGACGCUUCAUGCUGUACAACUUCUCGGUUGCACCUAUCAUACAUGGUUGGUACACUGUCUUGGACAAGAAAUUCCCUAUCCAGAGCACCUCCAACCCUGCGGUCAGCUCGGUAGCAGCCACAAAGAUUCCCGCUCCAAAUUCCAAGUUUGUCCAGACCAUGACGCCGGCCCUUAAGAGGAUGGUAGGGGAUCAGGUCCUGUUUGCGCCCGUUGGUCUUGCGCUCUUGUUCUCGGGUCUGACGGUCCUGGAGGGUGGAGGAAUCGAGGAAAUCAAGGACAAGCUGAACAGUACAUACAUUGAUGCAUUGAAGGCCAACUACGCUGUCUGGCCAUUGGUCCAACUGGUGAACUUUAGUGUGAUGCCGCUGCAGCUGCGUCUGCCUUUCGUCAGUGUCGUCGGAAUUGCCUGGAACGCAUAUCUGAGCUUUGCCAACAACAAGGGCAGGCUGGCGGAAACCCACCAGGCAUAGAUGGAGUAGCAGUAAUCGAACAUGAUCAUGGCAGCUUGAGCAUCUGCAGAUCUCUGAUUCCUUAGUUUUUGAUUGUGUAAAUCAGCGUUUGAUUUAUCAUCAACAUGUACAAAUACAAUUCGCAUCUCGCAUAUUUCAUUUCCAAUAUGACGAACACAUUUAAACACUUCUAUCGAACACGCCUGUUUAUGCCUUUAC